GGUAUUGAAUUCAAGUCACUUAUUACACUUGAUGACUUGGAGGAGAUUUUUAAGCAUGAUCAACUAGGCGUCAAUAACAUGCACUCAUACAUCCGGUUGUUGUAUGACAGAGUGUUGCGCGGGACUCCGUUGUCUAACAGAUUCCGUUUCGUGUCUUCCGCCCACUGCAGCGGAAUGGCAAUUGCUUCGGAACGGGAAUCAGUUAGACAGCGAUUAGUCGAUAGAUUCAUGUCCACCGGCAAUACAGAAUGUCUGCAUCUUUGGGCGUAUAAUACCCGACCAGUAGGAGCACACUGGUUGCUGCUUGCUAUCAACCCUAUAAGGGAAGUCGUGUAUUAUCUGAAUUCGGUAAAUGGUGAAUGGACCAAUUAUCCGGCCAUGAAGGACAUCGUUGAUUUAUCAAUACAAGUGUUCCGAAGUCAACGGGACGCACAGGUAUCCCGAACUAAAUCUAGCAACAUUACUUGGAUCCAAGUGCAGUGUCCGCAACAGAAAAACAGUUACGAUUGCGGAUACUUUGUAUUGAGGUUUAUGAAAGAAAUCCUUCAGGCAAAUCAAUUAGAGAUUCCGCUCACGUACCUUGACGAAUUCCGUGCCGCUGGAUACCCGAAACUUAAGUUGGAAGAAAUAAAAGAGGAUUUGUGUCAUUUUUAUAUUAAGCGCUUUUUCAUGUAGGAUUUGUGUCGAAUUGAAGUACUAUAAUAUUAUUGAU